CCCCAGAUCCAUCAGCUACGCAACAACCUGCUCUGCACCCAUCAAUCCACGCUCGAUUUGCAAAUACCUCCAUUUGCUGAACUGCCGCUACCGUUCUCACUGCUACAAAGUCAACAGUGCGAUUUUUCAGAGCGAACCGUCUUCUAAGACAGACUAAGUUACUGAGUUAGAGACCACGGCUCCAGCUUGGAUAGAACACACCAUUGGCCCUCUGAGCGCCUGCCACUCCUUCCACACCACCCUAGUUUUCAUCCCUGACCAGGUAUUUGCUGAUUCUGGCCCCACGUUAAGCAUCAAAACAACCACAACACCCAGAUAGUUCCUGAUCCAUCAUGUCACACGAAGUCAGAAGAUGCCGUCGUUGUAAGAGAAAGAGACUCGACGACGAGCCUCCAGAAGUCAUGCAGUAUCGGACGUGUGCCAAGUGUAGAAUCAUCGAAAGAAACAAGAAAAACUCCAGAAAGCCAUUGGCCGAAGAAACCAUGCUUUACGGGCUCAAGCAGUUCAAGGAGCAGAGUUUGACGGGAAAUUUCAUGGAGGAAGAAGGGUUGUUGAAAGACGACUUUUUCAGAAGAUUCCAUAACAAACCGUUCAACUACGAGCGGGAAAUCAACGAGGUCCUCAGCAAUCCCAAUUACGUGAGUCCAGUGGUCCAGGCUGCUACCGCUGCUCCCACCCACACCCCAGCUUCGAGCCAGCAGUACACGUUCAAAUCUGCCACCAUUCCAAUCCAGGCAUUCACCUCCGUUCCACAACAAUCCAACUACACCCAGACUCCCGGAAGAAACUUGCAUGUGCAACAAUCAUACAAGCCCCAAGGACAGCAGCAGCAGGCAAUCCAGCCCCAGCAGUUCCAAAACGCACAGAUCUCCCAAAUUAAGCCAUUCCAACCUUUACCAAAAAUCAACAAACUAGAGCUUCCUAACUACUACAAGCGUAAGCACUAUGAUUACGCUGAGAUCGAAACAAAAGAAGAAGAUAUCUACAGCGAGUUGUCGAAAUUAGGAAAUAAGGGCGAGGAAGAAGAUGGUAAUAUUACUAAAGACGUCGAUCCGUACUCUUACAAGAAUGUGUAUUAUGAUUUCCAAAAGUUCUUGGUGACUAUCUUGGAAAAGAAGAAAAACAACGAAAACAUCACCAACUUAGUGUACCUCAAGGAAUUUAACGAAGACUUCACCAGUAAUUUGGGUAAGUUUGAUUCUACAGUGGGCAAGAGUGAGUCCAAUAACAGCAACAUGCUCAGAUUGACCGAAAAACAGGUCAGGACCCACUUAUUGAACAACUUGA